CUCAGACAUCUCGGUCCACCGUGGUUUAUUUUCUCGCUGAAUGUUUCCGGCCGGGAGCUGGUGCAGAAACAGGUCCUGCCACACCAAGCCACGUCUUCCAUGAGCACCUGGGCUUCGCUCCGUCUCCCUGCACCAUUGAUCAGGAUAUGCUCUGGCAACUGGGGGCUAAGGCUUCGAGAGAAGCCAGCACUGCUCUUCCCAGGAAUGGCUGCCACUGCUAUGCAGGUGGCAGGCAAGAAGGACUAUCCUGCUCUGCUUCCCCUGAAUGAGAGUGAGCUCGAAGAACAGUUCGUAAAAGGACAUGGUCCAGGGGGCCAGGCCACCAACAAAACCAGCAACUGUGUAGUGCUCAAACACGUACCCUCCGGCAUUGUAGUCAAGUGCCACCAAACACGAUCUGUGGAUCAAAACAGAAAGAUGGCUCGGAAAAUCCUCCAGGAGAAAGUGGAUGUUUUCUACAAUGGUGAAAACAGCCCUAUUCACAAAGAGAAGCUUGAGGGUGAGAGGAGAAAGCGAGAGAAGAAGAAAAGAGCAAAGGAGACUCUAGAAAAGAAGAAGUUAUUGAAAGAACUAUGGGAAGCAAGUCAAAACAUCACUGAGAAAAAGGCUGAAGCUGAUGGCAUACCAAGAGACUUCCGGGAAUAAUGGUGACAUUGCCUGGCUACAGCAUGGAAACCUCUAGAGAGUGCAUUCUGGAGCUCAGCAUGGUGGUGUACACCUGCCAUCUGAGCACUUGGGAGAGCUAAGACAGGAGGAUUGCUGCAAGGUUCCGAACAACCUCAUCUACAUAGCUGGUCCUGUGGCAGCCUUCCCUUCUCGGUGAGACUCUGAAAAAGGUGGGAGCCACAGGGUUGGUUGGUUUAGCAGUUAAGAGAGCUUGCCGCUCUUGCAGAAGACGCAGGUUCAGUUCCCAGUACUUACACAGGGUUGCUCACAACCUACUUCCUGUAGUUGCAGCUCUAAGAGAUCCAGUGCCACUUUUUGGGCUCCACAGGACAACAUACACUCACAUAGACAACAUAAAUAAUUUUAAGAACCUUUUAAAAAUAAAUAUCGGGGCUGGGGAUUUAGCUCAGUGGUAGAGCGCUUACCUAGGAAGCGCAAGGCCCUGGGUUCGGUCCCCAGCUCCGAAAAAAAGAACCAAAAAAAAAUAAAAUAAAAUAAAAAUAAAAAUAAAUAUCAUGCUAAUGGA